GGUUGUGCUCCUGGCCAGCCUGUGCCCCCCCCUUCCUUCCCUGCAGCCCCUCCUUGUCCUCUCACAUGCCUGUGGCAUGUGACAUAUUUACCAGAUUGUUACUGGUCUGAGCUGGAAGCCAACCAAAACCAUGUCAGUCAUAACCCUGCCCUGCCUGUGCCAGGAUCAGAAGUGCUCUGGUGUGUGGGGUGGGUUACCUGCUGUAGCUCCCAGCCUGAAUGUGGUGGUGUUGAUCUUGUCCUGUUAAGGACGUGCAUCAAACUGGUUCCUGCUGGGCUUCCCCUGCCGGGUUUGGAUUUGUUUUCUCUCCUCUCCCUGCACGCAGAGGUUGUGGAGCACUGCUGUGAGUUGUGAAAUGCCUGCUGGGGUCAGCUCCAGUGGCUGCUUCUCAGGAGUGAGCACAGUGAUCCCAAAUCCGUGGGAUCCUUGGUGCAGGCAGGCGUGGGUCCCUGCUUGGGACAGGCAGGCAGCUGUGUGCACUGCUCUCCACGCAGGCAGGGAGGCUACAGGCACAAUCCAGUCCCCCCGGAAUGUUUCUGAUCAUCUUGGGGUCUUGCAGAGUUCUGUCCUUGCACACAGGGAUGAAACUGCUCUCAGUGCUUUUUUCCAAGAAACAAACAUCCCCUACAGCCACCACCAUCAGAUGAUGUGCACUCCCGCCAACACGCCGGCCACGCCACCCAACUUCCCUGACGCCCUCACCAUGUUCUCCCGCCUCAAGGCCUCCGAGAGCUUCAACAGCAGCAGCCCCGUGGCCUCCAUGGCGACUUCCCCGCCGCCCCCGGCCCCGCCGCUGCCCCCGCACGGGGCCUUCAACCCCUCCUGGCCCGCGGCCUCUCCCCCCGGCCAGCAGCAGAGCGUGUGGACUCCGGCCCCUCCAGCACAGCCCUCGGGCUGGCCAGGCGCCGUCUCCCAGCAGGCCACGGCAGAACAGAAGGCCAACGUCACCAUGGAGGCAGAGAGAUGAGGCCGCGGCCCACAGCCAACGCGGCGGGGACCCCUGCGUAUAAAUAUAUAUAAAUAUAUAUAUAUACAUCCCCCGCCCCCGGAGAGGAGAGGAGAGGAACUCUGCUGCCAGGGCGUCUGGCUGAGACACACAUGAGCAAAUAGCUGCCUUGCAUGGGUUUGGUUUGAAGUAGUUUUUACUUGUCCUCCAGCUGAACGGAGCUCCCCAGGGACAGUGGAGCCUGCGAGGGACGCGGGACCGACGCUGGCCUCUGCCUGGGACCCCGGGGCUGCCGGGCUCUCGGGGAGCCAGCACCCCCUCCUCUCUUGGGACGCCGGAGUUUGCAUGCGAGUGACAUUUAGGGAGGAGGUCCCUUCCUCCCUGUCCCCUGGGCCGCCCCGACAGGCAGAGUGGGAUGUACCCGAGCGUUUCCCCCUCUCCCACAGCCCCACUCGACCGGGUGGGGGGCAGACACCCCACGCAGCUUGUUUUUGGUGAGGGAGGGAGCCGGGGCUGUUCCUGCUGGGCUGCAGCCUCCACCCCGCAUGCGCCGUGCUCGCUGGUGAGCAGGGCUGGGGGAUGGCUCCCGGGCCCCUCGCCCACCUGGGGAUGGGCAGCAGGGCUGGCUCACCCUCCCCUCCCCACCUGGGAUGGGGUUUGCCCCGGGGCAGUUUGCAUGACACAGUGUAACCCUAGAGACUGGGAUUGUUUUUAACCCCUCUGUUCUUUUCUCCCGGCGGCUGGAAGUCUCUCCGGACGCGCCGCAGCCGCUUGCAAUACACGCUCUGCUUUGAACCCGG